GCAUCUGUUAGAAGUGAAAACAACCGCCGCAGGAAGAGGGGCGGGAUGGCGGAGGCGGUGAAGCCCCGGAGCGGCGCGAAGAGUGGCCGGGGCAGAGCCAAGGAGAAAAAGAAAAAACGCGAAGAGCCGAAAGCUGAGGCUGGGGCCUUCCUCUCCAGUGCGGCUCCAUCGCAAGGUAGAUCGUCCCCGUCUGCCUGUGCCCAGGAGGAAUGCCUUACGCAGGUCCGGCUCCAGAAGGAAACCAGUGAGAGGGAACCUGCGAACGAAAUGUGCGAUGUCCCGUCGAGUGCGUCAGCCCUGGUAAAGGAAGGCUCCCCAGGCGGUACUCAAACAAAGCUUCCGGCACAGAUGGAAGAAUCUGGAGUAAAGGCUUUGGAGGAGGAGAAGGAGGAGGAGGUGGUUGUAGAGGAAUCAACCGCUCCUCUAAAUCUUCCUGCAGCAUCCCUUGGGGAAAUAACAGGGAGCCCUCUUCCUUGCACUACUUUACCCGUUAGAUCCGAACAGGAACAAGAAGUAGCGGACUUGCAAAACCCUCUUGUUAAAAACCCUGUGGCCCGUUCUUCAGAAGAAGCUCUCGCCGCCGCCUUGACCCCGAACAAAGAAGUCAGGGGACCAAUUGGGGCCUCCCAGGGUUUCUACCCCAAUCUAGCGUUAGAGCUGUCCCGCGAGCGACCUCCGGUGCUGGCCCUCAAACCCCAGCUCCCGAAAGGGAGGCUGUACCCGGUGAUUCCGGCGGAACCGGAGCUGGCGCCUUUUACCCGAGAGCAGCUGAAGCUCUUUGAGCCUUGCUCCUGGCUGGAGAACGUCGAUUCCUACGCGGAGGAGUUUGAGGGCGUCGCCCACCAGGACCGCCACGAGUUUUACGAGCUGCUGUUGAACUACUGGCGCUGCCGCAAGCAGCUGCUGCUGGCCGAGGCGAAGCUGCAGGCGACGUCCUCGGAUUGCUGGAGCAUCAGAGAGCGCCUCUGGACCUUCAACAACGAGCAGCAGUCCGCUCAGGGGGUCUGUGCUGACCAAUGCAAAGUCUCCGGCCACCACCGUUACCAGACCGUCGAGCUGAACACGGGCGCCUUGGGGGAGCUGAAGCGGCUUUUCGAAGAGCAAGCGGAGCACGUGCAUCAGACGCUGGCCCUGCACCUGUACACCUCCGUGCUGUCCCGCCUGCAGGUGGAGUCUUACAUCUACGGGCUGCUCUCGAGCUCCGCCCUGCUGAGGUCUGCCGGAAUACAGCAGCAAGAGCCAGCUCUGAAACAGCCGGAAAACAGCUCCGGAGACUUUGGUCCCUUGAAAGAAUGCAUCAGCGUUCUCUUCAGUUUUACCCGCAGAGUUGUCGAAGAUCUGCAGUUCCAGAGUGACAUUCUCUCAUGGCUCCAGAGGCUGGUUUCGGUUUUGCAAAGGGUCGGCUCCCCCGGAGAUCACCUCUUCCUCUUGAACCACAUCCUUCGAUGCCCGGCAGGUGUCAGCGGAUGGGCCGUCCCCUUCAUUCAGAUUCGGGUCCUGGGUAAUCCAUCGGGGGUCUUCCAUUUUAUGCAGUCCCUGGCGUUGCUGAUGUCGCCUGCCAAAGGUCGAGCGGAAUUCAUGUGCCACAUGAAGCCGUGCGAACGACAGACUUCCACAUCAUCUGCGCCGGAAUCUGGAAAUUGGACUCUAGUGGAUGAAGGAGGAGAAGAGGAUGAAGACCCCGAUACGAGCUGGGUCCUUCUUCUCGAAGACGACUUGAUCGCCCUUCUGUCUCAGUUCCCCUUCCACGAGCUCUUCCAGCAUAUGCUCGGCUUUGACAGCAAAGGUGUUUAUGCUCCUGAAAAAACAACACCGCACGAGAUGAUGAAGGUCUUUGCUUUCGCUAAUUCGUUAGUGGAGCUUCUCGCCGUGGGGCUGGAAACGUUUAACCGGGCGCGGUACAGGCAGUUUGUGAAACGCAUCGGCCGCCUCAUCAGGAUGACGCUUUGCCACGUCAGCGAUCACUGGGCCCAGUACCUCAGCUGUGCCAAGAACUCUGGCUCCACCGCUCUCCCUUACUCUGUCGAGAAGCUGCAGGUGGAAUUCGACGAACUCUUUCUGCGGGCCGUUCUCCACGUGCUGAAGGCCAAAAGGCUGGGCGUGUGGCUCUUCAUGUCCGAGAUGCCGUACGGAACCCUGUCCAGCAGUAUGCUCUGGAAGCUGUUCUCCAUCAUGCACUGCGCGGAAAGCGAGAACCCGGGAAAGCUUUGCGCCACCAUGCGCCUCGCCGACUGCAAACGCGAGCUCAAAGGAACCCCUGUGGAUGAAACGAGUAUUCGUUCGCCAGGGCUACUGCUACCUGUAGAUGGCUGCAUCGGAAAAAGGUUUUUCCAAAGUCCUGCUCAGCUCAGCCUCUUAAACGACCUCAAACAGCGGCUGGUCGAGGCAGCGGACUUCCACCACGCUGCCAGCAAAGCUCUCCGCCCAAUGAGCCCAGCGGAGUGCAGCGAAAAGACAGCGGAGAAAGGAUGCGGAAAGCCGGACUACCUGACCUCUCCGGAGCUGCAUUGUUUUGCUCUUAGGCUUUUCAACGUGUGCGUUUUGUGGCUGGACGAAGAGAGCUUUCAGAAAGGGGACACGUAUCUCCCCUCCUUGCCAAAGCAGUACGAUGCCCACCGCCUUGCCAAAAUCAUGCAGAACCAGCAGGAUUUAUGGAUGGAGUUCGUCAACGUUGAACGCAUUCAAGUACAGUAUGAAGCCAAAGAGAGAAUCGUCAGCAAUUUGCAGAAGUACGACACGCCCCGCCCCUCUCUCGCCCUCCAGCCGAUGAAAGCCCCCGUGCCUGUGGUUUCUCCUUCCAGCUUAGUCAAUCAGAGCAAAGCCAAAGAACUAGUUCGUGCCAACCUCAGCAUUUUACAGCACCAUGCCAAAACUGCAGCAAUCCGAGAAUCCCAGCAAGUCGCUUUUAACAGUGAGACGCUGGACACUUUGCCAAAGCUUUACACCAACAGAGAAGAGCAGGUGGUCCUUCGUCUGGAGUGUCGGGGCAGUUCUGGGAAGCCCUGCCAAGGGGCAGCACUUGUAACAAUUCAGUUUGAAGGGAAGUAUAAAAACGAAGCCGUCGGCCAGCAGCUCCAUGCCCUGAAGAAAGAAGUGAAGUUGCUGCAGGCAGAAGCCACGAAACCCCCUUCUCUAGGUGUUGUGGAAGCCGCGGUGCACUUGGAAAACUUUAUCACAGCUUUAAUCAAUCUCUAUAAGAGCCAGCCCGUGCCUGGGAUCCACAGAGUCGGGAUCAGUCUGUUUUUCGCAGUGGCAGGUUUUGUGAGUGACGAGACGCAGCGCCACCCACCCACGAGGCAAUUCUUCAGCUCCUGCAUCGAGAUCCUUGGCCAAGUGUUUGUGGCAGGAAGCAAAUCCGAAUGCCGGCCCCUGCUCCAGACCAUUCUGAAGAACCGCAGGCUCUGUAACCUCCUGUCGCCUUACUUCACUCCUGUCGCCUCCCCGGACGAGUUCGUGGACCUUUACGAACAAGUGGUCUUGUUCCUUAGUGACGACAACAGCGACGUCAUUUUCAUGCUGCUCACGAAGUUUGAUCUCCCGCAGUGGUUGCAGAGUUCGAAACCCUCUCUGUCAGAGCGCACCAGGCUCCUGGAGUCAGUUCACUUGGCGCUCAAGACCUGCGGCUUUGAACCCGAGGAAGACAUUUCGAUGCCUUUCAACCUCUUCUGCAAGCAUUGGACCUGCCUCUUGCGGUAUCAGUUUCCCGACCACUACAGCAGCUUCCUGCAGCUGCUGAUGCAAAGUUCCUCAGAUCAGCUCCUGUGCCCUGACUGCUGGAAGGCGUCCCUCAAAGCCUUGGGCUGCUCCCGCAAGGCACCCAAAAAAGAUGGUAGGGAAGAGGCGGCCACGGAAAGAGCAGCAUUGUCCACUUCCGCAGAGACGCUUCUCUCGACGGAACAGGUUGUGGAGACUGUGGAGUGGCUCUCCAAGUUCUUCCUCAGGCUGCGCUUGUCUUCCCGAGAUUUCCAGACCUUUGGCUUGUUUUCGAAGUGGGCCCCCUACAUCGCCCAAGUGAAGCGCUUCAUGGAGUAUCUCGUCAACCGGCUCGUCGACUCCGAAGCCGCCAGCUUGGCGCAGGAGCCGGUGGGCAGUGGCGACAUCCUGGCAGCUCUGCAGUCGCUGCAUUCGGUCGUCACCCAGCUCUUUGCGCCUUGGAUUCAGGUGCUGCAGCAGGAAGAUGCGAGCAAGCAGCCCUGCUAUCCGUGGCUGGAGAGUGACGCUCCUGCCGCUUCCCAGAUGGUGCGGUUAUUUGCAGACAGCAUUGGAGUUCUACACGAAAGCUUUAAAGAUAAGCUGCUGCCUGGCCAUCAGGGGACGCUUUGGCUCCACCUGAUGCACUAUUGCCAAACCUGCACGGCCCCGAAAAUGCCCGAGCACAUUCUCUACACGCUGCACACCGAGUUUGCGCGCCUUCCUUGGAAGGAAAUGCACCCCGACCAACAACUUAUGGAAGAGUUUUUUAAAGUGGAAAGAGGCAGCCCGAAAAGCUGUUUCCUCUUCCUGGGCUCCGUCUUGUGCGAAGUCAACUGGGUGAGCGUCCUCUCGAACGCCUGGCAUGCCCACCCGCCUCCGGAGACUCACAGUAUGAUCGUGUGCCUGCUGUACAUGGUGGUCCUGCUGGCAAAGGAGCAGCAGCUGGUAACCAAAGAGGAGUCCCCACUGCUCAAUCUCCUGGGCCAGACCAGCUCCCUGCCCUGGCAUUUUGUCGGCAUCUUGUCCUAUCAAAGCAUUGUCGGCUACUUGAACAGCCACUACCCACCGACCAUCAUCUUAGCCAAGGAACCCGCAGCUGAGCUCAUCGUCAAGCUCCUGAAGGUCGCUGCCGGCUUUGGCGCCUCUUCCGACAGCCUCGUGCACCUUGGUGCGAGCCCUCGUCCAGCCAGACCCGUCCACUUCCUCAGUGUCCUGGAAAAAAACGGGAAAAUCAGCCUCUCGGUUCUGGAACAGGAGAUGUGCAAGCUGCUCGAUGACGUCAUCCUCUUCAACCCUCCAGACCCAGACGUGCAGGCUCGCCACCUGGCAUUAAGCAGCCUCUUCACGGAGGUCCUGAUGAUGCUAAACAACGCCAGCGUUUCGACGGCCGAGUCUCUCCGAGUUGCCUUGCGGAGCUGGAUCGGGGCCUCCGUGCACGGCUUAGGGGUGAUGCCCCUCCUGAUAGCUGCGUGCCAGAGCCUGGCGUCGGUCCGACACAUGGUGGAGACCACGGAAGCCUGUGUCACAGCCUAUUUUAAUGAAGACUCUCCGCUCAGCCAGGGCUUGGGGUGGGGCCCCAUCGUAGCUGCCUUGCAGGUCUCGAGGCCGCUCACCGCCGAAGACUUCCUGCAGGAGUGCCUUUCCUUGGGGAGCUACCUGACCCUCUACGUCUUCACGCUGCAGCGGCUGAACGCCGAGCAGACCUUGGCCAACGAGAUGAGGGUGCUGCUGACUCUGAGCAAGUGGCUGGAGGAGGUGUAUCCCAGCUCUUCCCAGGACGAAGCCAAAGUGUUUCUUUGGUGGCAGAAAGUCCUCCAGCUCUGCCUCCUCCAAACCGGAAAGGUAAAGGCAGCUUAUCCUGCUGCUGGAGCCGAGUCAUCCAGAUGCCAGACGUGCUUUGCAAGGCCGCGCAGGCCCCAAGGCUGGCCGAGAGGAAGCGACCUCCGGGAUCCUCGCCGCGUCGGCUUAGGCAGGAAAUCUCCCUUGUCAAACAGAUUUCGGGUGGUGGCUCGCAGCAUGUCGGCCUUCCUGCUGGUGCAAAUCCCUGUGGAGAAUCAGAUCCGGCUGCGGCCUGGCACAGAACUGCAGCUGUCUGCCAAAGCUCAGCAGGCACUGCAAGCUCUGGACUCCCUGGCUUCCAACAAACACUAUGCGGUGUACCAGGAGCAGAUCUCGCAGGCGUCCCUCUUUAUCAAGGACCCUGAGCAUUGCCUUGGCCACGGGUCCAACCUACUGGCCAUCCUCCUCAACACGUUGUACCCGGAAGUGCAUUACCUGGACGGGAUACGAUAGCAAUCAGCCGAGCACGGGCCGCCCGGUGGUGACGAUGACCAACCUUCUGUUUACACUUGUCGUCGAAGUUUGCACAUGUGACAUUGUGGCUCACCGAGCCCCUGUUACUCACAAGGUUCUUCUUAACCCGAGCUGGGGGUUAUGGAAGGGUGACGUGAACAGGUGUGCUUUCUGGCCUCUUGAAGUUUCGUAGCUCUUCCUGGAAACCCACUGGGCGCCACUGGAGCUUUUGUGUCGAAACAAAACAUUUCUGUCGCUGCUCGUGUGCGGCCUUAACGGCCAGGCCCGUGAACUGCGCCGGUCCCGGGGCUGUGAACAUUCGUCGCCCGCUCCGAAUCAUUUCAACAGAGCCGGUGUAGGCCUAAGAUCGCCCUGCCCGGUCGCCCUCCGGGUUUGCAAGGCCUUUGAACGUUAGCGUGCAUCGUUUGGCAGAUUCGUGCCGUUUCUCUUUGUGUGUGUUUCCAGCACUUUUUCAGAUUCGUCGCUUGUGUGCCUCCGCCCCCACUCACCCCAGCUGUGAAAUUCGUGGGCCGAUCCGGACUCAACAGCUGUAUCCGAUUGGAAUUUCGGACAACGGCUGCUUUUUGUAGUCCUGUCUCUCAGCGCUGGAUGUUUUGCAACUACUUCAUGCUACAAAUGAACCCUGUUGACUUCUUCAAGAGAUUUAAAGUCUUUCCCCCCCUUUUCUGUAGGCAUAAACUUGUUUCAAGAUUGUGUGUGUGUGUGUGUGUGUGUGAGAGAGAGAGAGUGAGUGAGAGAUAUUUUUGUCUACCUUGUGCUUGGAAUAAGUCACUCAUUUUCUUACUGCAUUCGGGCAAGCAGGCAAAAAGAGAGAGCGAGGAAUAACCUUUUCUAGAUUUCAGCCACAUAGUGAGGACAAUGUUUUUAUUGAUUGCUGGAGAGUCCUUGAGAAUUUAAUUAGGGACAUUACGAUAGUCCUGACAUGACUACGCUAGAGAACACGUCAGCCUUUCUGGUCCACAGGAUUUCUCUGUCUUGGAGCGGAACCUUGUGGAACUCCAAAGCUCGCUACCCUGCUUUUAAAAUGCACUGUCCAAAUAAUUUUGGCUUCUCUCCAUCAGUAGCCCCAAAUAAAUGUGAAGUGGGUCGUCCCAUUGCCCCGAACCGAAUCUUCUGUGCUGAGGUCCUGAAGUAAUUUCCUAGGAACAAGUAGGAUUUGUCCUCAGGGUAAAUGUCCUCAGGGACAGGACUGAAAUGACAAGGAGAAGCAGUGACAUUUUCUUUACUUCCACCGGGCAGAGUUCCGAUGAAUCUCCCAAACAGUCCAUAAAAGGAUCACGGUGAUGCUUUGUAAUCUCUUUUUUUGCUGAGGUAAAUUUCCUUGUGAUCAGUUUCCAGUGACUGCCUUUGAGUUCAUUUGUCGUAGGACAGAUAUCCAGCAUAUUUAAACAGGCACGGUCCGGGUGCCGCCCGCCGAGCGCAACUUGCCACGGAUGUUGAGUUUGUUUUGCAGGGAAGUGCUGGGCACAUCCAUCCAAACCCUCUGGACACGGAGGAGAGGUGACAUAGCCCCGUGCUUCGCUGAGUUUGCAUCCCAGACGCUUUUCUCACCGUUUCUCCCGGCUAUUUGGUCCUCUUGAACGGAUUCCGACAGGCACCUCGUGCUCGUACGUAGCUUUAGGAGCCUUCCUAAUUUAAAAACAAGACCCCGCUUUUCUAAGUUCAUCGGCACCACGGACACCAUUUGCUUUUGAAAAUGCAGCUGCACAUUUGCACCGUUACAUCUGUUUAGUACACAGGUGUCAAACUCGCGGCCCUCCGGAUGUUAUGGACUACAGUUCCCAUCAUCCCCUGCCAGCAUGAUGUAGUAUG